GACACUCACACGCAUGGAGGCUCGCCUCCCGAGAAAAAAUGUGCGUUUUUUUGUGCAAUUUUCCACGAACCUAGCAGCAAGCCUUGCUUCGGUAGCCUACUCUGUGCCCUACGAUCCAGCAGCCAUCACCUUUAUCAUCCAUUAGCGGCCCACAUAGUGCACCGGAAGUUGCGGAAAAUCGCGUACGGCUUUCCCGGCAAUUCAGCGUUUCGUGGUGCGGUGGUCACUCACACCCCGACCUAUCGCGGGGCCACGGGAACGUCACAACAACGUCGCCCUUCCCGCUCUACGCCAACACGCGACGACGUUUUCUUGGUAAAUAGUUGGAGGAACUAGUCGAAAAGCGUGUGUUCCGGUCAACUUUCUUCGGCGUCACGAUAAGAGGUUCCUUCCCUCGUUCGCUGCAGUGAUGGCGACGAUGGAUACGAGGUCCCCGCUCGUUCUUAUCGAGACACCGCUGGUCAUCCCCGGGGUAACAACGGCAGCAACAUCCGAAACGCCUACCAACAAGAAAGCCACCGCGAAGCGCAAGAAAUCGACCGCGUCUCCCGCGCUAACACCGGUGGUUGCUGCGAUCAGCACCGAGAGCCAACAGCAGCAACGUUCGUCAACGCCGACCGCGAAAGCCAAAACCGCGCCAACCACCAGCACCACCCCGGAGGUGGUGAAUGGAGAUGGUGAGCGAUUAGCGACUUCACUUUCGCCUGAUGCACCGGCGCCAAAGAAGCAGAAGAAAAAGCAUCCUUCCGAGGGAGGGCACUCCGAAACGGGUGCCAAGAGUAGCAAGAAAAAACCGGCCAAACAGAUGCGCUUUCACAUCAAACUGUAUCCGCCCAAACCACCCACGAUGGCGGCCAGUACCACAGCUACCACGGCGAAGAAGAAAAAGGCCAAAUCAGCGAUGGCCAGUGCCAAACAGAGUGCCAGUGCCGGUGCCGGUGCAGUAAUGCCAGCCGCUGAUAGCUCGUCAGCUACGACAACAGCCCCAACAAUCACAGCCAGCACUAGCAGCACCACGCCAUCCACACCGGUUCCCGGUACACCGCAAACCGGCAAGAAACCAGCCAAACGAAAUCGCUCAAAGGCCAACAAGAAGAUGCCGGCACCGAUGGUGUCACCGAUGGGCACAGCGACGAUGACCGUUGGCGAGAAAAAUGGUACAGGAGAAGGGGGGGAUAUCGUGAAUCGAUUCAUGUUGCCACCAUCGACCAGCUUCACACCGUGGAAGCAUCUGCAGAUCAAACAGGAACCAAAGAUCGCGAAAGACUCCGAUUCCGAUGCUGGACCGAGUGGCAGUGCAAGCGGACCUAAGCAACGCAUUCACUAUGCCUCGGUGGUAGGGGGUGCUGGUAGUGGUGGAGGUGGUGUAGUACCGGCGGAACUGGAUAGUGUCACGAUCGGACGGCAAACGUUCGCCUGGCUGAUCGGGCCGAUGGGUGUGGAAGAGUUUGUGGCGGCCUACUGGGAGCGGAAGCCGUUGCUAGUGCAACGUAACGAUCACCACUAUUACGCCGGUCUCCUGUCACGUGUCAUGAUCGAUGAGAUGUUGCGCACGAACAACAUCGAGUACACGAAGAACAUCGACAUCACGUCGUACGUUGGCGGUCACCGGGAAACGCACAAUCCCGAGGGUCGUGUGCUGCCACCGGAGAUGUGGCAUUACUAUGGUGAAGGGUGCAGCGUGCGCAUGCUGAACCCACAGACCUAUCUACGCACGAUCUACGAGCUGAACGUGAAGCUGCAGGAAUACUUCCACUGUAUGACCGGUGCCAACUUCUACCUGACACCACCGAACAGUCAAGGGUUUGCGCCGCACUACGACGAUAUCGAAGCGUUUGUGCUGCAGAUCGAGGGCCGGAAGCGCUGGCGACUGUAUCCGCCUCGCCGGCGCCAGGAGGUGCUGGCCCGGGUUUCUUCGGAGAACAUCGCGGAGCAUGAGCUCGGUUCGCCGAUCGUCGACGUAGUGCUGGAGGCGGGUGAUCUGCUGUACUUUCCGCGUGGUUGCAUCCACCAGGCGGCCACCGUACCGGGGGCACACUCGCUGCACGUGACGCUCAGCGUGUACCAGCGGAACAGCUGGGCGGAUCUGUUCGAGCAGAUGCUACCGAUAGCGCUGGCCACGGCGGCCGAGGAGGACCAACAGUUCCGUGCCGGGUUGCCGUUCGAUCUGCAUCAACACUUUGGCAUCGUGCACUCGGACGAGGUGAGCAGCGAGCGGCGCCGCCUGACCGUGCGGCUGCGCGCCAUGUUCGAUCGGCUGUUCUCGGAUGCGGCGAUCGAUGCAGCAGUCGACCAGCUUGCCAAACGGUUCCAGCACGAUGCGCUGCCACCGAUGGUCGAUUUUACCGAGUGGGACGAUACGGUGUACGGGCGGGGUAACUACGAGUUCCGACCGGACGGUACCGUCGAGUGUGCGCGACCGAUCGAGGAAACGUCUUCGGUGCGAUUGCUGCGCCGCAACAUUCUGCGGCUGGUGAGCGAAGAGGACAAGCUGCGGAUCUACUAUCACACGGACAAUUCGCGCGAGUACCACCAGUACGAGGCCAACUUCCUCGAGCUCGAUUCCGAGACGGCACUGGGUGUGGAGCUGCUGAUCAAGAUGUACCCCCGGUACAUCCCGGUUAGCAGCCUACCCGUCGACGAUCGGCUCGAGUUCAUCCGCAGCCUCUGGGAGAAGGGUCUGAUCGUGUGCCGGCGGCCACCAUCGUUGCCAUCACCAUCGCUACCGGCCACGACACUGGAUGAUAAGAAGUCACCGGGCACCGGUGCUACCGUCGGAGACGAGAACGAUGACGCUGCUGCUGCUGCCGGGGUGGUUGGCACCAUGGCAACUAGUGCCAUUCCAGCCGAUUCCACCUCACCCUAGGAUGUCCGGAUUGCUAUCGACUUUCCUUACCCCGGCUUAGCCAUUCGAUGUCACCCUCCCUCGAGGAUGUGCCGGUUACGGAACCUACCUUAGUCAUGUACGCGGAAUCGUGCAAGCAUUUGUGAACCAUUUUCUUCCUUUUCUCAUCCUCCAUUCUUUUUUGUGUGUGUCCACGUGGAAUCGUCCUUCCCCUUUCCUGAAAUAAUGAAUAUUGAUUCAUCCAAAAUCGA